AUGGCAUGGCUCUCUUCAACACACUGGAGCUUUGCCACGUUGCCCCUCUUGACAGGAAACCAGAGCCUUGGCUUUGUCGAGGCGGCGUGGGCAAGUCAAUCUUUGGUGUUUAUCACCAAAACUCGGGCUAUGCUGCCGGCUAGAAUUCCAUGGCCAAGCUUCCUGAACAACCUCCCCGUUUCGGUCGUUCCACCGCGUUCCCGACUAGAUACCACGACUCGCUUCGACUCUGUACAGCUCAUGGGUCAUUUUUGGCAUCGUAGCCUUGUCCCUUUUACCCCGUACCCGCGACUGCAGCGGCCAAGUAUCUGUUCUGGAGGGCGCGCGGUAGCUGGAGAGCCAGAUUGUGUGUGUCUGCCCUCGUCUUUCUCCCCUUCUUCUCUUUUCUUUUCCUCCGGUCUUUCAAACGUCAACCGGCAAACCGGUAUCUUGAAAAGAUCAAGUCUGGGUGAAAGCAACAUGCCUUCCCUCAUCAAACUCGGAGCGCUGCUCCUUUGUGCAGUUCACUCUGUCACCUCAGUGCCAUUCGAAAUUGAGAAGAGAGCCGUCUCUGCCAGUAUCCUCGACCGACUGCAGUUGUUUGCCCAGUGGUCAGCGGCAUCUUACUGCCUGGCCAACAACAACAGCCCCAAUACGAAAAUCACCUGUCCCCAAGGAAACUGUGCUCGCGUGGAAAGUGCGAAUACAAACACCCUGACUGAGUUUGAAAACUCCCGCCGCUCCGACAUCACCGGCUUCAUCGCCACAGACAGCACAAACCGACUCAUCGUCCUCUCCUUCCGUGGCUCCCGCUCCGUCCGCAACUGGAUCACAAACGCCCAAUUCUUGACCACAUCCACCACAAUCUGCCCCUCCUGCGCCGCCUCCACCGGCUUCUGGAACUCCUACCGCGAAGCCGAAGCCAACGUCAUCGCCACCAUGACCGCCGCACGCACCCAAUUCCCCAGCUACCGCAUCGUCGCAACAGGCCACUCCCUCGGCGGCGCCCUCGCCUCCCUCGCCGCCGGCUCCCUCCGCCAACGCGGCUUCACAGUCGACCUGUACACAUACGGGGCCCCGAAAAUCGGCCAGGAAUCCCUCGCCCAAUUCCUCACCAACACCUCCAACGGAAACUCCUUCCGCGUCACCAAACGCUCCGACCCUGUACCCAAGCUGCCGCCCACGGGCCUCGGCUACAGGCACAUGAGCCCAGAGUACUACAUUACCGCGGGCAAUGGCGUUGCUCCUACCACGGCGAAUAUUCAGGUUCUCCAGGGAACGAUGAAUCUUGGGGGGAAUGAAGGUGAUUGUGGGUUUGAUGUUGCCUCGCAUUUGGAUUAUUUUGGCAAUAUUAGCGCUUGUGAGGGAGCCGAGGGGAUUGAGAUUUAG